AUGGACGUUCAAAGGAUAGUUGAUGCCAUCCGUUCGAACGACAUGGAAGAAAACAAGGCGGCCAUUGAGGCCAUAUAUGCUAAUUACGGGCUUCUGAAGGAAGAGGACAUUGUUAGGUUGACGCCGUCCAUAAUCUACUACCUGUGGAAGCUACCGAAAUUUGUUGCCCAAAAGCAGUUUGUUCUGGAUCUCUUAUCCCGCACCGACCAGAGGCUAAGACAUAGCAUGUUUACGUAUCUUAUUGACAAGUGGAGCGAGAUCCAGCUAGUAAGGAUGGACAAGUUCUAUUAUCUCGUGAAGAGAAUUCUGGAGUAUUAUGUGCUGGAUGUAGAAACAGUCUCCUAUCUGUUCAACAUCACCGCAGCCACUGAUCUUAGGGGAUUUGUGAUCCGGUGUGUUGUGGAUAGGCUUGGGGAGAUCAGCGAGGACAUGGAAUGCUUCCUAGCCGAAUUCGCCUCCAAGUGCCCUCCAGCGCUUCUACUCUCUCUUGGGCCUCUCAAGAUCAGGAAGGAGGUUGCUCUGAAAUAUGCGGGAGGCAAAGAUAUAGGGAAGAAGAACAGGGCAACCCUAUAUUCCAUGGCAAAAUAA